AUGCGUCAGGCACCCGGAGGUCGGCUGGGGGUGUGGCGCCCUAUGACCUAUUCGCCCCUGCACUGGGCGUGCGCGCGCCCCAGCGGCGCGAGGUCCGGGGUGGGCGAUGUUGCAGUGGCUGGUGGCGGCGGCCGGCAGCAGGGCGGUGGCAGGGCCGCUCGCCGUGAUGUGGCGAUGCGGCGGUGGCCCACGAAGCGGCAGGACGGCCGGGGCAGGCGUGAGGGCCCUCGGAACCGCCCAGCAGUUCCUCCAGGGAAUCCGCUUUCAGCAGUUGGCUCUGUGGAAGAGACGGGCGUCAGUUUUUCAGUGGCUGUGUUCAAAACCACCCAGAGGGAGAGGUCCCCUGGGACGACGAGGAUUUCCGCAGUCUGGCCGUUCUGGGAUCAGGGGGACUGGCUGGAAGUCGUGAACCAACAGUUUGUGCGUGUUAUUCGCCCUGGGACAUCGUCUGAGAAGUUUGUGUGGUUCAACAUUGGCAGCGUGGACACCUUCGAGCGCAACCUGGAGACCGCCCGCUGGGAGCUGGGCAUCGAGCUCCCGGAGCAGACGGCCGUGGUCUACACCACGGAGAGCGAUGGGUCUUUCUUGCGAAGCCUGGUGCCCACUUCUCUCCUGAUCGGAAUCCUCCUCUAUGUCGCGAGGAGGGGCCCGAUGGGGGCUUGGCGUGGCAGGCGAGGAGGGGGCCUCUUUACUGUUGGCGAGACCACAGCCAAGAUCAUGAAGAACUGCGUCGGCGUGUGCUUUGCAGACGUGGCUGGUUGUGAAGAAGCCAAGUUGGAGAUCAUGGAGUUUGUGUAUUUCCUGAAGAAUCCCAAGCAGUCUCCCUACCUCGGGGCCAAAAUGCCAAAGGGAGCCACGCCCACUGGUCCUCCUGGUACCGGCAGAACGCUUCUCGCUAAGGCGACUGCAGGGGAGGCCAGCGUGCCCUUCGUCACCGUGAACGGGUCCGAGUUGCUGGAAACGUUUGUGGGCGUCAGUCCAGCUCGGGUCCGUGACAUGUUUGCGGUGGCCCGAGAAAACGCUCCCCAUGUCUUGUUCAUUGACGAGGUUGAUGCGAUCGGCAGGAGUCGCGGCCGUGGGCUCGGGGGCCGGAGCGAGCAGGAGAGCCCGAGCCGGCUGCUCGCGGAGAUGGACGGGUUCAGCUCUCCCACGAGCGUCAUGGAGCUGGCCGGCACCAAGGGCCCCGACAUCCUUGACCUGGCCCUGACGCGGCCCGGCCGGUUCGACUGUCAGAUUUACAUUGGGGCCCCCGACAUCCGAGGCAGGUCGUCCAUCUUCACGGUCCACCUGCGUCCACUCAAGUUGGACGAGAGCCUGAGCGAGGACGCCCUGGCGAGGAAGCUCGCGGCCCUCACAGGCUUCACAGGUGCUGAUAUUUCUAAUGUUUGCAACAAAGCGGCCCUGAUCGCCGCCCGCCACCUGAGUGCUUUUGUUCGGGAGAAGCGCUUGGAGCAGGUGGUUGAGAGGGUCAUCGGGGGUCUCGAGAAGAAGACGCAGGUUCUGCAGCCCAGCGAGAAGAUGACGGCGGCCUACCGUGAGGCUGGCCGCGCGGUGGUGGGCUGGUUCCUGGGGCGCCCAGCCCCCCGCGCGUCUGCGUCCAUCAUUCCCCGGGGCAAGGGGCUCGGCUACACCCAGUGCCUGCCCAGGGAGCAGUGCCUGUACACACGGAAGCAGCUCUUCGACUGCGUGUGCGCGGUGCUGGGUGGCCGGGUGGCCGAGCAGCUGUUCUUCGGGCAGAUCACCACGGGGGCCCGGGACAACCUGAGGAAGGUCACCCAGAGUGCCUACGCCCAGAUUGUGCAGUUCGGGAUGAGCGAGAAGCUGGGCCAGGUGUCAUUCGACCUCCCCCGGCCUGGCGAGGCACUGGUGGAGAAGCCGUGCAGCGAGGCCGUGGCCCAGCUCAUCGACCAGGAGGCCUGGCGGCUGGUCAGCCCUGCGCACGCGCGCACCUUGGACCUGCUGACUUGCUGCCGGGAGAGGUGGACAAGGUGGGCGGGCGGCUGCUGGAGAAGGAGGUGCUGGAGCGGGCCGACAUGGUGGAGCUGCUUGGGCCCCGAUCCUUCGCGGAGAAGGCCGCCUACGAGGAGCUCGUGGAGGACACGUCCUUUCCCGAGGGGCUGAAGGGCUGGCGCCGGGGGCUGGAGGAGGGCGGCAUGGAGUGCCCCAUGCAGGAGAGC